GGCAGAUCUGCUUACUUGGUCCGAAACCCCGCCUUCUGACUCUCCGGCUCCCGGUUCCGCAGCUCGUUCUCACCAGCCGUCGGAUGGGAUCCGCAAGGUGGUGUUUGGAGGUCAGGUGACGGAUGAAGAGGUGGAGAGCUUAAAUAAACGGUGAUAUCUGCUUCUCCCUUCAUAUCUCAUCUACUGUAAAAUUUUACCUUUACUCUUGAUUUUCAACUUUCUGGGUUCUGGCUAUAUAUUCUCCCUUUUAAAAACUCCGACAUCUUACCAUGUACCUUGUGUUUGUUGAAUUGACUAUUUCGUUAUGCAGCUGCAGAAUUUCUUUUCCAGUUUGCUUCUAUUCUAUUGCCUGAAAAAGCUGUCUUUCUCAUUCAAUGUCCGGAGGGGUCAAAUGGGCUGUAUUAGUUGUUGGACUUGGAUGAGUGGAUCAAAUGUUAAACCAUCAUCCUUCUUUAGUCUUCCCGCAUAUUCAUCGGAAUUCUAUCUUUCAGCCUUUCUCAUUCCCCUAAAAUCAUAUUGCUUUAAUCAAUUUGAAUGCUUGCAGAUUUCACUUUUCACAAAUUAAAUGUCAAAAUAAGAUAGUACCGUCAACUGUUCGCCAUUUUAAAGAACAGUGUAAUGGCAUUCGACAGAUGUUGUGUUGUAGGUGAUGCGAAAAUAAUUUGCUAAAGGAAGUUCAGAAUGUUGCUCCAGAGUAAUGUGAUCAAAGUCAACGCAAACUGUAUCUUGAUUACCAGAAACCUUGUUCUGAGUACAAAAUGAAGGAGAUAACAGGCAGUGGAAUCUUUGCAGCCAAUGGCGAAAAUGAUGAAUCUGAAUCUGGCAGUGCCAAUCCUCCUCCAAACAAAACAGGAGUGCGCAUGUACCAGCAAACAAUUGCUGGAAUCAGUCAUAUCUCCUUUAGUGAGGAGGAGAGUAUUUCUCCCAAAAAGCCCAUUACCUUGCCUGAGGUGGCCAAGCAGCGCGAGCUAAGUGGAACUCUGGAAAGUGAAGACGCGAAAUUGAAGAAGCAGCUUUCUGAUUCAAAGUUCAAAGAGCUCACUGGUCACGACAUAUUUGCUCCCCCUCCAGAAAUUAAACCCCGACCCGUAACUCCUCGCAUACUUGAGCUGAGAGGGAGCAUCAACAUGGGAGAAUCUUCCCCCCAACAGGUCGAGGGAGAUGAGGGGACCAAGUCUAGUGAGGAACCAGUGAAAACAGCGAAAAAGAUAUAUAACCAGAAAUUUGCUGAGCUCUCAGGGAAUGACAUAUUCAAGGGUGAUGCGCCACCAUCUUCUGCGGAGAAACCGCUUAGUGUUGCUAAACAGAGAGAGAUGAGCGGCAGUAACAUUUUUGCUGAUGGGAAGGUAGAAUCUAGAGACUACCUAGGAGGCGUGCGGAAGCCACCGGGCGGCGAGAGCAGCAUUGCACUGGUAUAACGCAGUAGGUCUAACUCAGUUAUUUGUACACCGUCUGGUUUUGUUUAAUAGUGGGGAUGUGUUAUGAUUAUAUUAUUUGACCGUGUCCUGGGUUUCGGGAAGUCAUGUCUUAGGUUUCUUAACGUGUUGACCUAAAAGGACCAGCUACUAAUUCUUGGGUGAAUGUCCAUAAUCUUAUGUUGUCGA